AUGGUCGCAUGCCCGCUGUGCAAUAAGCAGGUCAGCCAGCAACUCAUCAAUGAGCACAUCGACAGUGGGUGUGCCGACCAUGUCGUCGACCAGAAUGAUACGCCCAGCACACAGAAGACACACAGCUUCUUCACCCCAGCGGCACGCAAACCGGUGAGCUCCGCGAAGAAUGGGAACCCGGCAUCCUCACCUAUAGCUCCGCCCGCUACCACACAACGUCCCAAGACGCCGCCGCCUGGCACGAAGCGAUCGCUUGAUGAGUCUGCCGAGAACCAGACAAACGGAGACGCGCCGUCGCCCACCGCGGUGAAGCGGAAGAAGCUCAAGGCUGUUGAGGAUGCACAACCAUUGGCAGAGCGCAUGCGGCCUAUGAAGCUCGACGAUGUCUUUGGGCAAGAGUUGAUAGGCCCGAACGGUAUACUGAGAGGCAUGCUCGAAAGCAACAAGAUCCCGUCCAUGGUGCUCUGGGGCAAGUCUGGGACCGGCAAGACCACCAUCGCACGCAUCAUCGCGAAUGCCUCUGGCUCGAGAUUUGUCGAGAUCAAUAGCACAAGCACAAAGCUGGAGGAAGUGCGGAGGAUCUUCUUCGAGGCACUGAAGGAUCUGCAACUUACGGGGCGCAGAACAAUCGUGUUCUGUGACGAGAUACAUCGGUUCUCCAAGACGCAACAGGAUGCCUUCCUGGGCCCGGUCGAGAGCGGGACCAUCACACUCAUCGCGGCGACAACCGAGAACCCAUCAUUCAAGGUCAUAAGCGCACUUCUGUCACGAUGUCGAACUUUCACACUGGAUGAGCUGAGCAACGAUGAUCUACUCAAGAUCUUGGAGCGCGCCAUGGCUACGGAACAGUGCACAUCACCCUUACUAGACACUGAGAUGCUUCGAUACUUCGCAUCCUUCUCAGACGGCGACGCGCGAACUGCUCUGAACCUACUUGAGCUCGCAAUGAGCCUUUCAAAGAACCCCCAUAUUACAAAAGACGAAAUUAAAAAGCGAUUGACUAAGACAUUGGUUUACGAUCGAGCUGGCGACCAGCACUACGAAAACAUAUCCGCACUGCACAAAUCGAUCCGCGGCUCCGACCCAAAUGCCGCCGUAUACUACCUCUCGCGAAUGCUCAAGUCCGGUGAGGAUCCUCGAUACAUUGCGCGGCGCCUCGUGGUCGUCGCAUCCGAAGACGUUGGCCUGGCGGAUAACAACAUGCUCUCACUGACUACAGCUACCUACAGCGCGUGCGAGAAGAUUGGCAUGCCCGAAUGCAGCAUCAACCUCAGUCAUUGCGUUGUCGCACUCAGCCUCGCGCCCAAGUCAACACGCGCCUAUCGUGCUUUACGUGCUGCUGAAGCCGCACUGCAAGAGCCGGGUGUCGCCAGCUUGCCCAUACCCUACCAUCUGCGGAAUGCGCCAACGCGGCUGAUGAAGGAGAUGGGUUAUUCCGAAGGAUAUAAAUACAAUCCGGACUAUCUAGACGGAAAAGUGAAGCAAGAGUACCUUCCUGAGGGCCUAAGAGGACGAACGUUCCUCGAAGACACAAAUUUGGGGACAAAGGUGGACGACGAUCUGGUGGACGACGAUAUGCUCCGGCCUGAGCUGGAAGAUUAG